AUGAAGCCGGCGACAGUGGGCGGCGUGUUGCUAGCCCUGUUGCUGGUUAACCUUGCCCGGGCCCAAAUUGACUGGGCGGAGGAUGACGACGAUCCAGUAUCCACCGUUACGGUCGAAGCCGUUCUCGGAAAGACGGCCACCUUGCCGUGCGACAUCGAACCGGAGGAGCUGAACGAUCGAGUCUACAUGGUGCUGUGGUUUCGGGAAAGUGCUGGAAAACCUCUCUACAGCUACGACGUUCGGGGGAGACAAUUCUCCAAAGCGCUCUACUGGUCGGAAACGAGCGCCUUCGGACCGCGGGCAUACUUUGUGACGAUUUCCAAACCGGCCGCCCUCAGCGUGGACAACAUUCAGCUCGACGACGAAGGGGUGUACCGCUGCCGGGUGGACUUCCAGAACUCGCCCACAAGAAAUCAUCGCAUCAACCUAACCGUAACCGUGCCCCCACAUCAAAUCCUGGUAUACGACGCUUCCGGAUUGGACGUGACCGGUGCCAUCGGUCCACUGCAGGAGGAUGACAAUCUGGUGCUCACCUGCGAAGUUCGUGGAGGACGACCGGAACCGACGGUCACCUGGCUGAACGGCAACGAAAUAAUGCAAACGGGUGGUGGCGUUUCGAUGGGUCGGCACGUCACCGUUAAUCGGCUGGAGAUACCGAAGAUGACGCGCACGGCGCUCAACAAUACGUACAAGUGUCAGGCGUCCAACACCAAGUUGGUUCCGCCGGCCGAGCGUAGCAUACGGGUUGACAUGUUGUUGAAACCGCUUUCCACGGCCCUUUCGUCGAAGCCGAAACAGUUGAUCGCCGACCAGGAGUACGUGCUGGCGUGUAACGUGGUUGGAUCCGUGCCGGAGACGGACAUCAAGUGGAUGCAAAACAAUCGACCAUAUAUGAAGGGAAAGAUAAAAACCAUCAACAACAGCUCGAUGGUGUCGUCCGUGCUGAGCUUUCGCCCGCAUCCGGACGACGACGGUACCAUCCUCAAGUGUGAAGGCUCCAAUCCCCGGCUGCAAAACUCCGCCCUCGAGGACUCGGUCAUCAUGAAUGUCCUGUAUCCACCGCAAGUGACGCUGUCGCUGGGAUCAACGCUUAAUCCCGCCGACAUCAAGGAGGGUGACGACGUCUACUUCGAGUGUCACAUUAAGGCAAAUCCGAGGGAGCAUCGCAUUACAUGGUCACACGAUGGCCAACCGGUGACGCAGAACGUUACUUCGGGAGUCAUCAUCUCAACCCGCUCGCUGGUGCUGCAGCACGUCGGCCGGUUCGAUUCCGGCAGCUAUGCCUGCGCCGCCGCUAACGACCGCGGGGAAACCCAGAGCGAACCGGUCGCCCUCAAGAUCCACUUUGCGCCGGUUUGCAUAUCAAGCAGCAUCAUGAUCGUCGGUGCAUCGCUGGACGAAACGGUUCCGGUGCCGUGUCACGUAGCGGCCGAUCCGCUGGACGUGUCCUUUGAUUGGAACUUUUCCAACAGCGGCGAGCGGUUCGAGGUGGCCAGCGGCCAGUUCAACCUGCUGCAGGAGUUCCACUCGACGGAGGGUAUCACCCAGUCGCGCUACGAUGCCGACGAGGAUAAUUCGGAAACCAUCUACGAGCUGCUGUACACGCCGAAAAGUGAACGGGAGUACGGUACGCUGGCCUGCUGGGCGAAGAACUCGAUCGGGAAGCAGAAGGAACCGUGCCUGUUCCAAGUCGUGCCGGCAGCCAAACCGUCCCCGCUGCGCAACUGCACGCUGCGCCCGUACUCGACCCUGCUGCCGCCGGGAAAUCACGGCCCGCACGGCACGCCAAACACGACUUCUGCAGCGUCAGCCGGUUCCGCCUACUCGUACUACGCGGGCGAACCGACCGGCAGCCGGGCCGGUCAGCACUAUCGGGACACUAAUUACGUUGGGCCACAAUUCGUUAAAGAUCGGAACGUGCCCAGCACCGCCACCAACACCGCCGCCACCGCCACCGGCCGGCGGAAUGUAACAAAAUUUAAUCAGAAAAAUCCAUCGUCCACGCCGGGCCGGCGGACAUUCAACCGAACCGCAGCCGGUGGUGGUUUUCCGCCCGGCCGCGACUCCGACCUGGCCCGGCUGACCGCGGACGAGGGGCUCGACCCGGUGGAGGGGCUCGCGAGCGGAUCAAAGGCGAUUCCACCGCUCGUGCCGGAGCAGCAACGUCGACGAGCGAGUGGGAAAAUUCCUCCCGCCAGCAGAAACUCGCCCAGCAGCAGCAGCAACAGUGAGGAGCGAAACAGUCGGAUGAAUCUGCUUAACACGGCCACGGCCGUGCUGCUCGGGGAAGGCGGUUCGGCGGCCGUGCUAGCGUCGUCCGCCACCGGGGACGAUCCGGCCGGCCAGCAGCGCGGCAAUCGACUCCGACGGUACGCUGCCAGCGAUGACGCACGCAACGAUAGCCUCCCGGGCGGCGUCGGCAGCAAUCAACGUGACCGCCCGAUCGACGAGGGUCGGCGUGGCCGAGGGGGAAAUAAUUAUCGCACCACCACGGCAUCCACUGCACCGUCGCCAAUUGCAUCGCAAUUAAGAUCGAAAGCGAUACGGUACCAAUCGGGGCCUUCGCCCUACUCCUCGGGGUCCUACUCCACCGGUGGCACCGGGCAGCAUCAUCAUCAUCAUCAGCAACAGCAGCACCUCUUCGUCGAUGGUUCCGCGCCCGGUUCGGGGAGUGGAGCCGCCGACAACGGUGGCGGUCCCAUCAUGAUGGAGCUGGAGUGUGUCGCCGGGUACGACGGCGGGCUGCCGCAGCACUUUUUUCUCGAAGCCUACGACUCCCGGACGCGCAAACUGCGCCUCAAUAUCACAAGUGCCCUUAACGACGUGCCGCUCUUCCGCAUCGACCUGACCGAACUAAUCCCCAGCGAAUCCUACACACCCACUCUGCACCUGAUAGCGUACAGCGUGAAUCAGAAAGGUCGUUCCGAGCCGACGAUCCUGGAGGAUAUAGCAAUUAAUGAAGCUGAAAAAAGGACCGAUGACACCGACGGCUUUGCAAUACUCCCAAUUGCGGCGUUACUGACGGGAGCCCUUUUCACCAUCGGCAUCGCGGUCCUGCUCGUCGUCGUGCUGGCAAUCCGCCGAAAGCGGGACGGCCACGGGACGGGCCUAUGCGAUGGCAAAGAGAAACACAUCGGCAUGGACAUCACCGUCACGACACCGCUGGAGAUGGGUAUGGGCCAGCAGAAGUACGUCGUCGCCUACACGCUCAAGCAGGGCGUCGAGAAGCAACCGGACAUCCUGAGCGCCCAGAAGACGGGCUCGGCCAGCGUGCAGUCGAUCAAGGACAUGGGAGGCGGCAAACCGGGCGGCGCCGUCUACGCCACCCAAGGCUACGAUCCACCGCAGCAGAAAUCAACCCCUUCCAGCCGGCAGAGCACCCUCAAGCGUACCGCGGACACGGCCAACAGCUACAGUCUGCUGCAGCAGCAGCAGCAGCAACAACAACCCACCGGCACCGCCAGCAAGUACUCGGCGGAGCUGCUCGAAUACGAGAAGCCCUACCCGAAUUACCAACCGGCGCUCCAGUACAACCACAAUCCGCCACCCCUGGUCGAUCCGUACGCCUACAAAAGCUCCCCGCUGGGCGAUGGGACGGCGGGCUACGGCCGAUUACCGAGCGGGAUGGGUGGCAGCGAGUACCAGCAGCCGGGUGUCGAGCUGUCGAGCAGCAAUCCACUCGAUUAUCGCAACGCGAGCCACAGCAGCAGUAGCAGCAACCUGAAGCAAUCCUGCACCACCGGUAACCCCGAGUACCGGUACUCGGGCUCGGAGUUCGUGACGGAUCUGCUCGACUUUGGCAGUGCGCCCUCACCGUCGUCCGGUUCGUCCAACGUGGGUGCGACGCUGACGAAGAACCGGAACCGGCAGCACAUCAUCACCGAUACGCUGCCCGGGCCGGAGAGUUGUGUGUAG